CUGGUUCAAGGCCUUUCUGCUGCACGGGGUUUGUCAGUUGAGCCGUUAAGCUGUUAAAUUGGAGACUUUAGCAGCGCAUUGGUCCGACUACAACCCCGUGUGGCUGUUCUGUGUGCUUCAUACGUUUCGCUAUGGUCAUACCAAUACCAGCCAUGGGGGUAAUGGGUGGGCCACCAACGCCGUAUGCAUUGGCAAGGCGGCCAUGGGUGCAAUGCGUGCUGAUCUUGCAGAGCCUUUGCUGCUUAGCUCGAAUGGUGGUUUUCCUAGACAUCAUGGGUGGAUUCCUCAUGGCCAUCAUGAUAGCCGUGGGCAUAUGUGCAAUACGUGAGGACUUCAAUGUCCAGCUUCUUUGCUAUUGGGGCUUCAUGUGCUUGAUCAAUGGUUCGUUUGACCUCGUGAAGCUGAUUGAUGUACUAGUAAAGUCACACCUGCCGCUUUUCUCCACAAAAAUGCCGCAAGAGUAUAACAUAUACAAUGGCAUCGCCUUGUCUAUUCCUGUAACAACAUUGCUCGGAGUUCCGCUGGCAUGGUGGAUCUACCGAGACUGGUCUAAUGGUGGAGACGCUGAUUUGCCUGGUCCUGCAGGUGGCCGCUAUCAAGGCCAAGGUGAGGGACCUACGGAGCGUUCGAGCCUCUUAGGAGCUCCCCAAGCAGGCCCUGCACAAUUCACAGCUUUUGAAGGUCAGGGUCGACGGCUAGGAUCAGGCUGAGUAGAGCUUAGAAGUUUGUUCUUUCCCACUCCCAAAGGAGUGCUGAAGCGUCCUGAGGUCUC